AUGGGAUACCGCUUCCCCAAGAGGACAGAUCCCUGUUCGUUUCCUUGUCUGAAUGGAGGUCAGUGUGUCCAUCCUGAGUCAUGUGACUGCAGUUUAUACCAAGCUACUGGAACACGAUGCCAAACAGUUCCUAACCCAGGAUUUGAGAGGGAGAUGACGUGUCGGUCGUGGGGCCAGUAUAACUACGAGACGUUUGAUGGGCUGUACUAUCACCUUCCUGGGAGAUGUACCUACACUCUGCUGAGAGACUGUGAAGACAUCAGCCAGGCCAGCAUUCUCAUACAGGUCCACAAUGACCCAGACUGCCGCUCGUCUCCCUACUCCUGCACGCGCUCAGUCAGUCUCUUCCUGCCCUGGGAAGGAGAGAUCAGGUUGCACAGGUCCAAAGUCACCUUCAAGGGACAGAGUGUUCAGCUGCCUCACCACAUCCAUGACGUGGAGCUGGAGAGGAUCUCCCGCUAUGUCUUGGUGACCCAGCAACAUGGCUUCACCCUGGCCUGGGACGGACACAGUGGCUCUGUUUACAUCAAGCUGAGCCCAGAGUGGGUGGGCAGGACCUGCGGUCUGUGUGGCAACUUCAACGCAGACGUACAGGAUGACCUGAAGACCAGCUACGGUGUGGUGACGGAGGACCUGUCCAUGUUUGGGAACAGCUGGGUGGAGGAGGAGCUUCACCAGGUCAGGUGUCCCAUGGUGCCCUCCAUGUUCCCCUCGCCCUGCGCCUCACGUGACCCACACAUACUACUGGUGAGUAACCCUGACCCUCGCCCUGCGCCUCACGUGACCCACACAUACUACUGGUCGGGUCCCAACGGUGAUGUGGUAUGCCAGGUGUUCACGGAGUAUGCCCGGGCCUGUGCCCACGCCGACCACCCACUGAAGGACUGGAGGACUCACAUACCACAGUGUGCGAUGCCGUGUCCUCCAGGUCUGCAGUAUAAGGAGUGCAUCACCUGCUGCCCUGUGUCCUGUAACGUGGACAGAAUGUGUAUCGACAACAAGCUGCAGUGUCUAGACGGAUGCUACUGCCCCGAUGACCUGAUCUAUGAGGAGGGAAGUUGCGUGAAGGCCUCAGACUGUCCCUGUGAAUACCACGGCAUGGUCUACCCCUCCGGACAGACCGUUCAGGAGGAGUGUAACAACUGCACGUGUGUGGGGGGCGUGUGGAACUGCACAGAGUACAGCUGCCCAGGAGAGUGCUCUGUGACUGGAGACAUGUACUUCCACUCGUUUGAUGGCAGGAUGUUCACCUUCCCAGCUUCCUGUCAGUAUGUCCUGGCUAAGAGUCGUAACUCAGGGAAGUUCACUGUCACCAUUCAGAACGCCCCGUGUGGACCCAAUUUGGACGGGGCUUGUAUCCAAUCAGUCAGCCUGGUCAUAGACGAAGACCCACGGACUGAGAUCACACUGACCCACCUAGGAGAGGUCUUCAUGGCAGGACAGUACCGCAUCUCUCUGCCCUAUUCAGAUGAGGUGUUCCACAUCCAGGAGCUGUCGUCCAUGUUCUUGCAGGUGCGUACUGCUCUGGGUCUGCAUCUGCAGUACAGCUGGAGGGAGUUCCGUCUCUACCUGCAGGUGGAUGAGCUGUGGAAGGACGACACGGUGGGGCUCUGUGGAACCUUCAACGGAAACAUCCAGGACGACUUCCUAUCUCCGUCUGGUAUGAUAGAGAGCACCCCUCACCUGUUUGGCAACGCCUGGAGGGUAUCCUCUGCCUGUGUCCCCAGCCAGAGUGUUCCCCAGCUUGACCCAUGUGACACGCAUCAGCAAACAGCAUCCUACGCCUCUGAGAUGUGUGACAUCCUGAACCAGGAGUUGUUCUCAGCGUGUCAUGAGUACCUGAGUCCGGUGCCCUUUCACCAACAGUGUAAAGCAGACACCUGUAAGUGUGGACAGCCCUGCCUCUGCUCUUCCCUGGCCCACUAUGCUAGACAGUGCAGGAAGUACUCCGUCAUCACAGAGUUCAGAGCCAGCGUACCUGACUGUGAGGUGACAUGCCCAGAUACCAUGGAGUACGGAACCUGUGUGUCGUCGUGCCAACGGCGUUGCUCUGCCCUGUCCACGCAGCAGCGCUGUGGAGAGGAGUACCAACAGUGUCCACUGGGUCAGAUGUACCUGGACUGUACUGAGGGGCUGGAGGGGCUGAAGGCUAUAGAUGGGAGCAGCCUGGGUAGAGGACUGGGCUGUGAACACACCUGUGAAUCCCACCUGCUCAACCUCACCUGUUCAGCUCAUGAACCGUGCAUACCUGGCUGUGUCUGUCCCCCUGGGUUGCUGAAACAUGGUGAUGAGUGUUUUGAGCCUGAUGCCUGCCCCUGCCUCUGGAAGGGGAAAGAGUACUAUCCAGGAGAUAGAGUCACCUCUCCCUGUCAUCAAUGUGUCUGCCAGCACGGAACGUUCCAGUGUGUGUUCCAUCCGUGUCCGUCCAUGUGCACAGCCUAUGGGGACCGCCACUACAGGACAUUUGAUGGUCUACUGUUUGACUACGUUGGAGUGUGUAAAGUCUACCUAGUAAAGAGCAGUGCGGAUCUGAUGAUGAGUGUGACGGCUGAGAACGUGGACUGUUACGACAGCGGCGUCAUCUGCAGGAAAUCUCUACUCAUCAACAUUGGUAGAUCUUUCAUUGCGUUCGACGACGACAGUGGCAAACCAAACCCGUCCAGUGUGAUCGACUGGAGGCAAGAGGUGUUCAUAUGGAGCGCUGGGCUCUUCACCGUGGUCCACGUUCCCGAUGAGGACCUGACCGUGCUCUGGGAUCGCAAGACCACGGUCCACAUCCAGGCUGGACCACGCUGGCAGGGCAAGCUGAGCGGUCUGUGUGGGAACUUUGACCUGAGGACGGUCAAUGAGAUGAGGACACCAGAGAACAUAGACUCUGCCACGCCUCAGGAGUUUGGCAACAGCUGGACGGCAGCUGAGUGUGUUAACAGCCCAGACAUCAGACACCCCUGCAGUCUGAACCCACUGAGGGAGCCGUUCUCCAAGAGGCUGUGUGGAGUCCUGCUCAGCGAGGUCUUCCUAGUCUGCCACCCGGUGGUGGAUGUGACAUGGUUCUAUAUGAACUGUCUGGCUGAUACGUGCGGCUGUAGUCGUGGUGGGGACUGUGAGUGUUUCUGUACCAGCGUAGCAGCCUACGCCCACCGAUGCUGUCACCAGGGUGUCACCGUGGACUGGCGAUCCCCGUCGAUCUGCCCCUACGAUUGUGAAUACUACAACAAAGUUCUGGGUAAAGGCCCCUACAGGCUGGUGACCUACAGGGAGAGAGACACGGUGCUGGCAGCCAACAGGUCCAGUGGGACAGUGUUCCCUAAGAAAGGAGACACUACUGCGGCUGGUUUCCUGUCCCUCUUCAUGAUGACCCCUGGGCUCAGCAGAGCACGUCCACAUGACACUUCCCUGGUGUCGUUCGAGGCGUCCGAUCGGCCCAACUACUUCCUGGCGGUGGACAGCAGCGGCCAUCUUACGCUGACCAAGUGGGAGGAGAGUGAAGCGUUGUGGGACGCGGCUACCUUCACGCUGCACCGUGACACCUGGAUCCAGGGUUAUGAUUCUCUGGAGGCUUUCGCCAGGCCGGGAUUCUUCCUCCACUACAUGCUGUCCUGGGUUCACCUCGUCAAGUACAAACACACUGACGGAUUCCGCAGAGCCACGCUCUUCAAACUGACAGGCCCUGGUCCAGACAGCCCUACGGGUCCUAAGUGCCAGUGGAGGUAUGAGUCGUGUGUCAGCCCCUGCUUCAGGACUUGCAGUGACCCCUCGGGGGAGGCAUGUGGUACCGUUCCAAAAGUGGAGGGAUGUCUGCCUCUGUGUCAUGGUCACAUGGUGCUGGAUGAGGUCACUCAGAGAUGUGUCCAUGUUGAAGACUGCAUUAAGCCACCAGUUGCUGUGCAGCCCAUUACUACUGUCAGCAGUGUUGAGUCAACACCUGCAGCUGUCACUCCUUCAGCCUCCACCACCACCUCUACCAGCAGGCCGGCUAGCCCUGGCCUCUCCACGACACGCUCCACCCCGGGUCCCCCUGGGCCCCUCACCACCACCUCCAUCCAGCCUCCCUACACCACCACCCCUUCAGACACAGUCCCAACCACUGCAGCCACCACCACCAUUCCUAUUGUCUCAACUUCUCCUUUGGAUGCUCUGACCACCUCUGCUAAAGUACCGACCACAGUGACUGAUAAGGUGGUUCUGCCCAGCACCUCUUCGGCCGUACCGACUCCAGAGGGAACCAGUGCAGCAGCAACACCCUCACCUCCAUCCUGGGCCACCACAGUCAGACCUGAGGUGGUGGAGGUUGCAUCUACAGUGAAGACAUCUCCAUCCUUACCCUCCACUACAGAAGGCAGUACAGAGAGGACGACCAGGGCCCCCAGCUCCACACCCAGCCCCCUAGGCCCCAGCACAGAGAGGACCAGCCAGGUGCCCUUCUCUAUCACAGCUCUGUUCUGGCUCACGUCCUCCACCACCAGGCCCUCUCUACGCCCAGGGCCUACAGACACCACAUUCACCAGCCCCCCUCCAUCCACUACCAUGGGCCCCUGGAUAAGCUCCACCAUGGGGCCUACUCAGACCAGCACCCUGCCUGCAGUACCAGUCACCCCCACCAGUGUGACCACCAAGGCCACCACACGUCCAGGAGACACAGUGACUCCAGUCUCAACCACCUCUAGUCCACAGCCAACCACAGUCUCAGAGACACCCAGGGACACAGCUUGGACUACAACUAGGACUACAACUAGGACUACAACUAGGACUACAGCCAUGACUACAGCUUCUAUAACCACCCUUGGUGCACCCACAGAGACAAGCACAAAGCCUGUUGCUGUGGAGACAACCGAGCCAACAACAACCAAAGUCCUCCCUCCUGGUGUAUCGACUACAGCCGAUACCACAGUACCCUCUCUCUCACCGACCUCCACCGUUCACACUGCAACAACACCACCACCAACACCAGAACCCACUUCAAAACACAGCCCAGUAUCAACCUCACCAGACACCCCUUUCACUACUCUCAGAACUACGCCGCCCACACGCCCGGAGACAACACCACCACUUGUUUUUACGGCAACCACAGAGAAGACCGUUCACGCCUCCCCUACAGAGCUGAGGACGUCCACAACUCCAGUUCCUGAUCUACCGACUACCACCGCUGUUCCCAUGCUGCCAACGACAACAACAAUAUCAACCGGUCUUACCUCAGAACAGCCGGCGAGAGCACCGGUCUCAACGGCAACAACGGAACCCUUGGCAAAGACCCAUAUAACCAUGACACCGGCUGUAGUCACACCUGUGAUUGUCGUAGACACGGUAACAACAACAUCUCACCUGACAACAACAGCUACGGCCUACACUGAAAGGACCUCCUGGUCUGGCGCUGUUCCGACCACGGAGAGAACCACCGAACACACGACCACAACCGCAUACCCGACCGAAGCUGUGGACUGGAGACUGACCACUACUACCGGUCCCCCGACCGUACGGACCACAACAACUCAACCCAUACCAACGGAAAUCUCCAGUACGACCACCAAACCUCCAGACCUUCUGGUAACGACCACAGAGUCUACCCAGACCACCUUCACCUCUCCUUCCAUCUCGACCACAACAGAAGCAGUGGUCCCAACCACAACCACAUCGCCUGUAUCACCGGUGUCACACACAGAGACCACCACGACCGUGCCAGGUCCUCCAGUGGCUGUAGGGACCGUAACGACCCAGCCUCCCACCACACUGAAGACCACGGAGCCUUGGAUGCCCCCCCACAGCGAAACCUCCUCCUCUCCUUCUAGCCCUAUCUCUAGCACAGAGAGGGUGACCACACCUGAGGUCAGUACAGAAGUAGAGGUCUCUCCACACCAAGUCAUCUCCACUACCACCACUGAUGCUCUUCACCACGUUGCUACAGCGCCAGGCGUCACCACCACAACCUCAGUUACCAUGACGACCACUGCCAAAACCACCACAGCUCCGCCCGAGACUUCAACCGGCGCAUUUUCAACCUCCAGGACGGAGAGACCUCCUGCGACACCCGAAUCCCCGGCCGUGCCUGGUGUACCUGGGGAACCAGCAUUAUCUCUCACCACAACGGUCCCCACGACAACUGUCCCACCUUUACCUGGUGUCCAUACCACCACCAUCACACCUGUACCUGGUGUCCCAGUGACCACUGUUCCACCUUUACCUGGUGUCCAUACGACCACCAUCACACCUGUACCUGGUGUCCCAGUGACCACUGUCACACCUGUACCUGGUGUCCCAGUGACCACUGUCCCACCUUUACCUGUACCUGGUGUCCAUACGGCCACCAUCACACCUGUACCUGGUGUCCCAGUGACCACUGCCAUCAGACCAGUGACCAUCAGACCGCUAACAGAGACCACCAGCGUUCCUCCCGAUACAGGAAGGGUGGAAGUAUUGUCUACUACUUCCACAACAACUACACAAGAACCAACUUCUUCCUGGUCUGGUCCAGUAACCACAACCAGCUCCUCGUCCUCCACCACGUCAGUUCCCAGACCCACUAGCCACCCAGAGAGAGUCACUACCAGAGUGGUUUCUACUUCUAAAGUGGUCUCCAAGACCACCCGCAGACCAAUGACAACAACACGCAGGACAACAACAGGCAAGGUUCCCAUGACGACGUCCAGAACUGCCACAACGGUGAGGUCCACCGCCAGACCGAGCACUGUUAGGGCAACUGUAGAUACAAGGACUCUGGGGGUUCCAGGGGUUCCGACAGCGACGACCAGACCUGGUCCUCCUACGGUCGCUCCUCCUAGCCUCGGCACAGCUACCAUCUCAGAGGUUGUUCCAACCACGACCGCUCGUACUGCGACCAAACCAGUCACCAGAACCACAGAAUAUGCAGCAGACGUUAGCAGCUCCGCUGCUCCGACCGGCACUGGCACGACCACAUCCGCUUCUGUUUCCGUUCCUAGCCUGACCACGGUCACAGAAUCUACCGCCGUCCCCACAGAACCCACAGGACUCACAGGACCCACAGGAGCGACCGCAGAGCCAUCCACAUCCACCACUACUACACCAGAAGGAAUAGUACCAUCCACCACUAGAGAGACAGGGGUUACUCCAGCAUUCACAGAGAGCACAACCAGAAUGACUCCUUCGCCUGACCUGCUGACCUCUACAGAGGUCGCAGCCACUCCAGGGGUCACACCAAAGGUCACGCCAAAGGUCACACCAGAUGUGACAGCAGAUCUCUCAGUCCCCUUGCCCCCCACGGCCACCCCAACCUCCGCUACAGAGCCAGAGAGGGUGGACGGAGUAGACACCACUACACCAAAGACUCCAUCACCAUCACCUGUGUCGCCGUACACCACAUCAGAGACAACCACGUCACCAUCGCCUCCCUAUUCAGAGAUCAUAGAUGAGUGUACCAAGUUCCUCUGUGUGAGCGGCCAGCUGGUCCGAUUCAACAUGUCCCAGAACUGUCUGUAUAACUCCACCCCUCCUAACUGCGGCCUGCUCGGCUUCGCCAUCCUGGUCAACGGGGACAAGUGCUGCCCGCAGUGGGACUGCCCAUGUCGCUGCUCAGUGUUCCCCGACCUGAACGUGAUCACGUUUGAUGGUAACAGCGUGGCCAUCUACAAGGCUACCUCCUACAUUUUGACCCAGCUGCCCAGCGAGACUGUCAGCAUCGUGGUCCAGGAAUGCCCCGCUGACUCAGACACGCUGCUGUGGAAUUUCACCAACCUGUGUCUAGUGGUUUUGAACAUUACCCACAAGUCCAACCACCUGGUCAUCAACAGACUGCAGAGGAGGCUGUAUGUGAACUCGAGGUACGCCAAGCCGAGGUUCAAGAAGUUUGGCUUUGAGAUCCUGGACACCGGCAACAUGUAUCUGAUCCGGACACCAGCGGGCCUGAAGCUGCAGUGGUUCCACAGCACGGGCAUGUUGGUCAUCGAGACAGAGAGCUACAACAGCAAACUGCCCACCAUGGGCCUCUGUGGCUGCUGUGAUGGUAACCCAGCCAACGACCUGAUGCUGUCCAAUGGGACGACAGUCGGGGAGAGCGAGGACCCAGCGGUGUUCAUCGACAGCUGGCAGGUCCCCAACACCACUAGUUACAUCAGCCACAGCCGGCGCAGAGAAGUCAACUGUUCCACCAGUGACUGUUCCCAGUGUAUGACCAUGCUCCGAAACACCUCCUUCAGCCCCUGCCAUGCUUUUGUUCCUCCCAGUACGUUCUGUGAGGUGUGGGUACGUGACGCGGAGUACGUCAACAACCCGUGUGUAGCGCUGGCUGCCUACGUGGCAUCUUGUCACAAGUUCAACGUCUGCAUGGAGUGGAGGAGCCCAGACUACUGUCCCUUCAUGUGUCCAGACCAGCUGCGUUACCAGGCCUGUCUGCCGACCUGUACAGCCCAGUCCUGCUCCAACCAUGACUUUGACCACGACCCUGAGCAGUGUACAGGCCUGACAGAGGGAUGUGUCUGUCCUGAGGGCACUCUGCUCCAUCGACCCUACUCUGCCCUCUGCAUCCCCCCUGAGAAGUGUGCCUGUACGGACAGUUCCGGUGUACCCCGUGCUCCUGGCGAGGUGUGGAAGGCGUCUAAAGAUGGCUGCUGUAUGUAUCGCUGUGACAACGACAAUAUCGUUCCCGUGGAGUAUAACUGUUCCGCCGUGCCUCAGCCGCUCUGCCGCAGGGCCGGGGAAGUGGUCAUCAGUCUGGCAGACGACACCUCCUGCUGCCCACAGAAAGCCUGCGUUUGUAACCAGACCCUGUGUGACAUCUUCCCCCCGGAGUGUCAGUAUGGAGAGAAGCUGGUGUCUUACUUCAGAGAGGACUCCUGCUGUCCAGACUACGUCUGUGAGUGUGACCCAGAGCGCUGUGAGUCAGACAUCCCAGCCUGUAGAGAGGACCAGACCCGCAUCGCCACCAGGGCUGAUGGCAGCUGCUGCCUGGCACACAUCUGUAUGUGUGGUUCCUGUUUGGAGGUGGUUCCAAACUGCCAGGAUGGAGAGGUGUUGACAGUGGACGCCAACAGUACAGACCUCUGCUGUCCUGUCUACCACUGUGUGUGUGAGCCGUACCGGUGUGCUGAGUUGUCAUGUCCCUUGGGGAUGUCUGCUGUCACCGUGUCCCCUCCAGACCACUGCUGUCCCCUGCACACCUGCGUGCGUGAGGCGGUGUGUGUGGACGGGGAGCGGGGUGUUAUGCGUCCGGGACAGACCCUCGUGGAUCACAGUGAGGAGGGGGUGUGUCUCACCACCCAGUGUAGCCACAGUCUGGAUCCCACCACGGGCUUCCACCACCUCCGCACCGCCACCACCAACUGCUCUGCUCAGUGCCAACCGAACCAGAUAUACAUCCCUCCCAAAGACCAAACGAUGUGCUGUGGUGUCUGCAAGAACAUCUCCUGUCUCUACCACAAUGACAACGGUACUGCACUCCUCUACAAGCCUGGGAAGUCGUGGGUGUCAGACUGUAUGAAGUAUGACUGUACCGACACACUGUCAGGCCCUACCCUGGUGUCCUACUCAUUCAGCUGUCCACCCUUCAACCAGACAGAGUGUAUGAAGAUUGGUGGAACCAUUGUAAGUUACAUGGAUGGAUGCUGCAAGACAUGUAAAGAAGAUGGGAAGUCCUGUCAGAAGGUGACAGUAAGGAUGACGAUACGGAAGAACGACUGUCGCAGUAACAGACCGGUCAACAUAGUGUCAUGUGACGGGAAGUGUCCGUCGGCCAGUAUUUACAACUACAACAUCAACACGUACGCCAGGUUCUGUAAGUGCUGCCGUGAGAUGGGGCUGCAGAGGCGCUCCGUGCAGCUCUACUGCAGUGGCAACUCCACGUGGGUCAACUACUCUAUACAGGAACCCACCGACUGCUCCUGCCAGUGGUCUUAG